GGUAGGUAUUCAUGGUUUUUCCUUUAAAAUUCGCGACAGAACUAAAUGCUAGAUUAGCCAAUGGCGGCCUCAUUUGGUUCUAGAGUGGAGCGACUUGGACUUGAACAGAUUAUUAUCUAGUCCCCUCACUAAGGUUCCAUUCUGCUCUCAUCCAAUCGCGUACUCAUCGCUCAACUUCCAUGUUCUAUCAAAACGAAGGAUUAUAGUAUACAGCAGCCUUACUCGUGUCCUCAUUAAGCCAAUCCCAAAUCAUGUCGCAAAAAGUUCUCCGUCGUGGCGAUCAGGCCCCAGGGUCCGGGCUUCAAGCUGUUUUCACAACUCAGAAAUACUCUAAAGGACCGAUCGCAAUCCCUAGUCCGCCUGAGAACCCAGAUGAAGUGAAAGCCAAGUGCGACUCGUUCCUGUUCGAAUCCUUUACCGUCGAAGAUGCCUGGGAACUUGGGCACCACCUCUAUGCGCGGCUUUUACCAUUCUCACCCCAGAAGCCUACGUUGAUCUCCAUCUCACUAGCCAGUGGUCAGAUCUUGUUCCAAUGCGCCGUGGGCUCCGGCACCAUGCCGGACAACGAGCUUUGGGUGCAGAGGAAGAGGAAUACUGUCCUCAGGUUUGGUACUAGUACCUGGUUCCAACAUUGCAAGUAUGCAGGGGACGAGGAGGCGUUCCGAGUUAAGUUCGGAAUGAGCCCGGCCCAGGCUGAGAAAUACGCUAUCCAUGGUGGUGGCAUCCCUAUUCGCGUCAAGGGGGUUGAGGGGAUCGUUGGUGUUGUCGUUGUUUCCGGACUGAAGCAACACGAAGACCACGGAGUCAUUGUGGAUGUUAUCAAUGAUACUUAUGGUGAAGUUCACUAAAAUAAUUGUGCAUUGGUUCGUAAUUUCAUAGAAACUAGUGACAUAGCCAUCCAUGUUGCUGACAUAUGGUUAACAGCCUACGUGGUCAGGGGUUUGUGGAACCAGGUGCAAAGUUAAGGCAUGGUUCGCAGGUAUUGAAGGCUUAGAAAAUUCAUCUUACCUAUAAUUGCAUCUCAACUCAAAUGUCUAUGGUGGCAUAUAUCGCACGUGGAAGCAAAACAUCAUUCACGGUUUGGAGGUCGCAGCGUUUCUGUCUAAAAAAGGGGUCCCAGUAGUGGGCCACCUUGACGAUGGGCGUUCUACAACAUGUUUUCCUAGGUAGAUACCUAGACAACCGAGGUAUUUAUCUGAAUGAAGUAAGAGGGGAAUUAAUUUGUCAGUCUAAAAA